GGCACCACCAGAGGCGAUGGCGGCGAAGUGCUCUAGGUUGGCUCCAUCGGCACCUCGGCUUCCGCCUAUGCAGGAGCCGAAUAACGUCAGAGCGACGCCUCCUCCUUUUGAGGUCAAAAGAAAGAAAGAUGAAAUGGCCCUUGAGGCCAUUCACCAAAUGAUUAUUAACAAUAGCAAUGAGUUAGCUCAAGCGUUACUUUCAGGCACAAUUUCUGGAGGUAAUAACAGAGGAUUACAUCUUCUGAUUGAAUGGAUAGCUGCCCUUUAUAACAACACUACUGGUAUUGGUGGUAGUGGUGGAGACGCCACAGACUCGAUGCAAAUUGACGAUGGUACUGCUGGUGCCGGCCAAGACUCUUUGCAAGCGGUAAUGGAAGGUGGUGGUGGUGUUGGCGGUGGCGGCCAAGACUAUUCGCAAGAGUUAACGGAUGGUGGUGGAAGCAACUCUUUGCCUGAGAAAAUAACUCACUCUUUUGACAAGACACAUGCUUUAACCCUGUUAUCGAAGCCAGCCUACGACGAAGGGCGAUUCAGAUGCGAUGCUUGCCAGGAAAGAGGGAAGGGAUUCUCCUACCAUUGCCAACCUUGCAGCAUUGACUUGCAUAUAUCUUGCGCCAUGUUACCGUCAUCCCUCGCACAUGACUCGCACGUGCACCCUCUUUUUCUUGUUUUUAAAUCACCAUAUCCUAACAAUAAGUUUUCAUGUGAUAUAUGCCUAAAGCCUGGUUCACGCCAAUGGCUGUAUGUAUGCAAAUCUUGUGGAUUUAAUGCCCAUCUGAAAUGUGCUGCCGGAGAUAUUUUUCCACCUGUCCAAACCCUGUCUCAAUCUAUAGAGCCCACAAAGCCAGAAGAGGCUGCAACAUGGGGGCCGCCACCCCCUAUGAUCAAUAACACUGGUUUUUCGGCGGGAGUCCCGAUUCAAAAUAUGAUUAUUAACAAUAGAGUAAAUGCAACAAUGGCUCAGGGAUUGAUGCGGUUGAUACCUAACGGUGUAAACAUCGUUAGUGGUGGUGGAGAAGAAGAUUAUCAAGAAUUAUUAUUUGGAGAUGGAAAUGGUAUUGGUUUUCUUGGUGGCUUACUUGGAGGAUGACCUCUUUAUGUCAUCCAUGAAUCUGGAAAGAUUGCCCAAUCGUGUGAAUCUUCACCGUGUUUUUCUUUUUUCUUUCUUUUCUCCUUGCAUGCAAUACAGUAUGAAAUUAAAUAGUUACACCUGAUCAUUUAAGUUC